UACGGGAAUUCGUAUAAUAAAUAGAUUUGCAAUUGAAGCAGUGACUUUGCUCACAGACAUUUAAUAACAUUUUGAUCUAUCUUCACAAUCUUUGUCUUCAAUAAUAUUCAUUUAAUAGAAAAAAUAUAUAUUUGCAAACCUUGCAAAAACUUUUGUUUUCACAUCAUUUUAACAAAAUAAAGUCUUACGGUGCAUGUUUAAGUUUCUUAAGUUUCAAAUAACAAUUUGUUGCUCAAUAAAGUUACGAAGAUAUCUGAAAAAAUGAGCGAUGUUAUCUCUCAAUCAUUCAAAGUGGAAUGGUUAAAUACAACAUUAAAAUUUAUAAAGAAUGAUAACCAGAUGAUUAUGGAAUUCCCCGAAAUGCCUGCAUCUCAUGUAGAAUAUCUGCACAAUUUAAUUUGGCAGCGUAAAAAUGAUGUUGGUCUCGGGUUUAAGUCACUGUACGCACCACUCUGGGAAGCUAUGAGGAUUUACAGCUUAAAGUACAGAUUUAAAGUAUCUGUUUUGAAAUCUAUCGAUAAUAGGGGGCAUUUAGUCAUUGAGAAAAUAAAGAAAACAGACCAAGGGGAGGAACGGGCAGAUAGUAACAAUGAAGAGUUAGUAACAGAUGCGGCGAAGGUCUCACAACCCAGAGCUGACAAACAAAUAAAAAAAAAGAAGGAAACUAAAAGUGAGAAAUAUUUGAAAGAAAAAAGUAAAAUCAUUGAAUCAAUAUCUCCGCCGUUUCUCCGAACAACUUUACAAAGAAUCCUUGAUUUUAUCAAAGAUGAAAAAGAAGCCAGUCUCUUAUUUACCGACUUAGCACCAAUAGAAGCUAAGUUUCUGGAGAAUUUCCUCGGUAUAUAUAACAGAAGGCAUAUGUUUGAGACGAUGAUGUCGCCAGCUUGCAAUAACAUUUUUAAUGAAAUGUGGAAAUGUUUUAACCAAUUUGAUAAAACUUGUAAGUUGGAAGUAGAUGCUUCCAAAACUAAUAUGAAGACAAAAAAGAGGGAGGUGUCAUUUUUUAAAGUACCAAGAUAUGUUAGACCUACUAUGACAAGAGCAAUGUUAAAAAAGGAACAAAAACAAACUGAUGUUGAAAAUUCUUCGACAGCUGAUAAAAAUGAUGUGAACCCAAGAAGCAAAUUCUUAAAGGCUUUAUCGGUGAAUAAGGACUUAAGUAAUGAAAUAAAUGCACCACCAUGUAACAUUCAAGUUCGAAGUAAUGUUAGAACAGUGAGCAAAACCUUAGAGAUCAAAGCGCACAACGACAAUUCCAAAGAUAAUCAAAACAUGCUCAAUACCAUAAACAAUUGUGUAAUAGACAAGAAAACAACAGAGGUUAACGGGAAUAAUUCUACUAAGAUAUAUAGUAAAAAAAAUCUCACAACCAUAAACAAUCCAGUCAUAGACAAUGUACAUAGAACUGAAAGUAAUCUUGUGUGUAAAGAAGAAUACAAAGAAUGUUAUAAGAGGGAAUUAAAAGAUGAUCAAGAAGAAGACACUACCAGCACUUCUGUUAUGUACUAUGUACUGCAAUCAGAAGAAAAAUGCAGUAUUGAUAUUAAAAAUUCAAAUAAAGAUCGCUACAAAAGUAGUUGUCAAGAAAAAAAUGUUACAAGUGCCUCAAUUGUUGGCAAUGCUUCUUUAAUACACAAAAAUGUUUUACCGAAAUCAUGCAAAACUAGCUCAAAGGAAAGUAUAGCUUCGAAGUUCCUAAAGGAUCCGAGUCAGAUGAAAUUACCACCAAAAAAAUCCAUAACAUUCGAGAAGUCUACAGAGUUAGACACCACUAGUGCGAUCGGAGUACAGGAUAUAAACAGCUGCAUAGAGAAGAGAGCCAAGGAGAGAAAGAAGGAGAGUUGUUCAAGGAAGAACAAACUAUUAGAAGCGAUGUCGACACCUUUGGAAAGCGAUAAAGGGUUAAGGAUGAUGCAAUUAAUGGGCUGGGAGGGCGGAGCGCUAGGGCUCCGUGGCGAGGGUAUCACGGAACCAAUCAUACCGAUGCUCUAUCUCGCACCAGGGGCAGGUUUAGGGCAUAUUACGGAAAAAUCUUUAAUAAAACAAGCAAAAGUCGACUUCCGUAUAGAUGUAUUCGAAAAGAUUCUGAACCUACUCGACAAGGAUAUUUCUGACGUUGUAAUUAAUUUCAAAGACGAAAUAUCUAAGAAAGACAGGAGAUUCCUGAAGACGACCUUGCUGAGUUUCAAUAAAAGGAAGAAGAUAUCUCUAUCGAAUGGCGUUGAAAAUGAUUUGGGACAGAAGAUUUUAGAUAAAAUGAUCAUAGAUUCUAAUAUGUAUAUCGAAAUGACGAUUUGCUCAAACAACAGAGAAAUACUAAUAAAGAAAAUAUUCCCUGAUGAUAAUAGAAAUCAAUCAAAACCUUCUAACAAAAAGAACAUCAAAGAAUUAUCGAAAAACAAUCUGACAGAUGCAAAUAAUAUAAAUUCUAAUGUACUGAAACUACCAGGGAAGAAGAGAAAUUUUAAAAUUUUAAUCCUAAGCAAAAUCCUAGAAUUACUGAAGAGCGAGGAUCAGUAUGUUGAGAUCAAUUUCGACAGUGCUCUGCUGUCUAAGUACUGCGAUUGUCUGGAGAAAACCUGUUCGAAUAUAAAUGAAGGGCGAAAAAUUUACGGUAAAUAUGUCAAAGUUGUAGCGGAAGAAGUUAAUGACAAUAUCGGUAAUACAUGUUUAAAUGUGGAAUAUGGCAAUAAUAUGAUGUAA